GUUCGGGUUCCGUCGAGUAGGGACAGGUUGUAUCAACAAAAGCAAAUUACACGUUUAAAAUGAUUUUUUUGACAGAUUAAAGCAAUGCUUAGGCAGCUACUAUACGGAAAGCACGCAGCUAAAGAUGGCAAAUUGAGAGGUAAAAGACAAGAUCUCCAUCAGUCUCUCCUGUUCCUGUUUCGUCUGGCAUACAACUUCAAAUUUACUAUAUUCUUUUCCUCUUUCAUCACAGUGUUAAAAUUCAACACAAGAGUCAAUAUUGUCACAUGAAAACAAUGAACAGCUUCUGUGAAAUAAAGGAUUAAUUAUGAAAUCCUAUGAAGACUUUAGUGGAAUUUUAUCGAGAAUACUUUUGUUUUUCUUUAAAUUUGCAUGGAAUGUUCACGAUAGUUUGCCAUAUCUGAUAUCUGCUGCUUUAAUGCUGUUUAAUGUCCGUCUCAGGAUUCAAAUUCAGAUAAACUUUAUAUAAAGAAAAGGCUUGUGUUAGAGAUAUCCUUUCAUCAUGUAAGAACAAAGCCAUUGGAAACGAUAUACAAUUGCCAAGAUAAGCCAAAAAAUGCAGAUCAAGAUGCAUUAAGACCAAACAGUUUGGAUUUACCUUAUCAGUGUUUCUCCGUCCAUUUAAUUAUUUUUAUGCAAGUAUCAAAAGAUGAGCAGGGGUCCGAGGGAUUUACGUGAUCUAAUUUGUGUGUCUCGAUUGACAUUUCGAGAGAGUGAUGAGGAGGUGAUUAGUGAUGAUGACAGGUUUCAUGGUGAUUGGGAUGAAAUAUCAUUGGAAAGUUCUGGGUCUUGUGAUAGCAGACAAGGCUCAACCCCUUCCACAACAGUAAAAGGGCAUUCACCGGACUCUGGCUGUAUAACAAAUGGCAACUCCCCAGCUGAUUCUACUGCUCAGAAAGAUGCAGAGUUAAAACUAGAUUUAACAUUGUUGAGUAAGGUAAAAAAGAAAUCCAAAAAGAAGAAAAAGAAAGUAUUAGAGACAGAUGCCCCAAGGUUUCCAUUUCCUAAGCCAGCACCAUUGCCGCCUCUAAGGUCGGGGUCUGUUGAGCAUGAUUCAUCACCUACAGAAGUUUCAUUCAGGCCUGCCCCACCCGCUUCUGACUGCAAAUCUACACACUCUGCGGCCAGACAUGUGGCAAGUAAACCAUUCAAGACUCAGAGUCAGCUGUCAGCGCAGACACAUUCAGUGGUUGCUGAAGCAACAGACCAUGUUGAUGAGGAAUCAGAACCAGUGCGUGCAAAAACUCCUUUUCUUACCUAUAGGGCUAAAUCUAGCGAUGCAGACUCUGGUAACUAUGAUGUAAUGCUGAGCUAUAUGGAUGCCACUGUGGUAUCUGGUUGGUUAACAAAAGCUAACAACAGUGUGUCUGAGAUUGCAGCAUAUAUUGCAGCUGGUGAUCAUUUUGUGCAGUUUGCUCAUUUCUGGUUGACUGACUUUGGGGAUACAGAAAAAAGAGAAAUAUUUGAGCUUGAAAUUGACAUUCUUAAAGAAGAACUUGGUUUUGCUUUUGCUAUUGGAAGAGAGGAAAGGAAAGUGUCACAGAGAGACAUAAAUAACCUAAUUGGUGCUAUAUUCAGAGAAUAUCCUAAAAAACUGCUGAGUGGCAAGGGAGCUCAUCUGUUUUUAGACUACCUGGAUAUCAUCACUUCUGGUCGAACUCAGAAGUAUAAACAGUUACUUUCUGAUGUAAAAUGCUCAACCAAAAACAAACAGUAUGCCCAGUGGUUACUAGCAACCCGAUCAUAUUCCUUAGUCAGCAUGUGGUGUGCAAUCAUUAAUUUUUACAGAAAUCUCCUUGGUCGUCAUGGCACAGUGCCAAGUAAGGUGCCAGAUGCACCAAGCACUUUUAAGACAGUGUAUGAGAAGCGUCUGUUCCAGGCCUUGAGGCACGGCUAUCGGGACGUGAUCCACUACCUUCACGUCGGAAAGUAUGUGGACCUCACUCAAGUGGAUUCGCAUGAGCGCACACUCAUCUUCACUGCGGUCAUGCACAACCAGCCUCGAGUCCUGCAGUACCUUGUUAAGGCUACUCCAUCUAUAAAUGUGAACCAUGUAUCCAACACGGGAAACACAGCUCUCCAUGCUGCGGUGAAUGCGGGCAGUGCCCAGCUUGUGUCUGCCUUACUCAAAGCCCCAGGGCUGAAUGUUGACUGUGUGAACCUGCAGUGUGAGAAUGCAGCACCCAUCCAUCUUGCCGUCAUGCAUGGUCAUGCUGAGAUAGUUGGUUUGUUGUUGAAGGCAGGAGUAGACACCAGCCUCAAAAUGGGUGACCUCACACCAUUGGACAUCGCACGAGAUUUCGAGCAUGCUGAAAUACUCGAACUACUAACUGAGCACAUAAAGUGACAAGUGUAUGAUUUGCUUAAUCAUGGUGCCUCUCAUUCUAGCUGUGAUCUUUAAGUUAUAUUAUACCGUGGUGCAGUUUAGUGAAAGGUUCUUUUUUCAAAAAAUCAAGUUUGUCAAUGUACCGUUAUAACUAAAAAUCCAUAAUUAUGGAAAAUAUUUUCUACAAUUGUGCGUUUUGAACUUCUUUGUUUUGUAAAAGUUCUUUUAUGAUUAGGACUUGAUCUUACCUUCUUGCUUAUUAUGCGUACUACACUGUCAGGUUUAAAUCUGCCAGGCAGUGCAGUGCUUUUUCAAUAUGUAACUGUAUAAAAAUGUGUUCAUUGUAGUGUGCUUUGUAAGAGAAUUAUAAUUUUCCAUUCUCUAUAUUACAUGUUUGUAAUUGAUAAGUUUUGUCGGUGAUAAAUUGUUGAGAAUUGUU